UUUACCUGGCACCACUUGCCAAGGUAGACUAGACAAAGACAAAGACCCAAACAAACAAAAGCAAACAACGAAAAUAUUCCCAAGCCAAGAACAGCUAAUGGACCACUGAUGCUCUGCAAAGAAACUAAACUAAAAUAUUAAAUAAAAUAUUAAAAUGCAAACAGAUUCAAUGUUAAAAAAUUACAUGGCUUAACUUACCUGGUACUUUGAUCUACUUCCCCACUGACUACCAGCCGCCUUCACCCAGCAGAAGCAGACCUGAAACACAUGAAGGCAAUAAAUGUCACACACAAUCAAACUCAACAGCAUAAAACAUUACACACAGAAAACAGCCUCAGGCCAACCAGUCUCCUCUACAAUUCACUGCCCCAGUUUUCGCCAGAAUGAGGUGUGCACCUGUCUGAACAAACAUCACAGCCUCGUGUUCUUCCUGCAGGUAGCCCUAUAUCUAAAAAAACAACAACCCAAAAACCCAUUACUGAUUGGUGCACCUCCUUUUUCCCUUAGUACUACUGUAAGAGAGGUGGUGGGGCCCUUUGCAUAUCUGUGCCUAGAGAUAACACAUAUGUCUGUUGAACUGGCAUGUCUUAACACAACCUUAUUGAAAACAUUUUGUAACGCAGAAAUUCAACUCAUAUGUCUUUUUUUUAAAAAACAUAAUGAUAGCAGCAGAUUACCAUCAAAUCUCAUUUUGAUCCUGUCAUGCCGCAUAUGUUGCUACCUGCCAAAGUCUCUUUUUUGUUCCAUCGGGGGCUUUGAAGUCAGCUCAGUGAAAAACUGUGAUUCCCACACACACUUCUUUACCUUUGUAAUGAUAUCUUUAAAACAGGUUAACUUUUCCUUCUCAAGGACCUUUCUCAAGACAUAAAAAUCGCAAAGAUACACAGUGCUUAAAUACAGCUCAUAAUGUCAUAAUGCUUCACAGCAGUGUCGGAGGGCCUUCAGUCAGACACACAGACAUAAUAUGUGCAUAAUACCACUGAAAACAUCACAAACCAAGGAUAUUUAAGCAUUCAAAUUACCAAUAGUAAACAAAAAGAUAAGAAUUAUAUUCAAAGAAAACAGUCUUCAAAUAUAAUAAUCAAACAGAACAAUAUUUAAGUUAAGUUAACAAUGAAAACAUGUAUUUGAACAUAUCUUCAAAAUCGGGCAUUUUUUUUUAUUGUUUACUUGGUAACAUUACACAAAACAAAUAUGCCGAUGUACAGUUUGUAUAGCAGGAAGUAUACUAAUAGAUAUUACAGACAUUGCCUUUUAGACUAAUGUUAAGGUUACCACCCUUUACAUCUGUGUUUUGUUUUGUUUUUUUUAGUUUUAGCUCAGGAAAUGGAAAUUAGCAUUGAAAUUAACGUGGUGCUUAUGAACGCAACAUUGACCUUACAAGUAACGGUUGUAAGUCGUUUUUAAAAAACACAGUAGAAGAAGAACGCAUCACUUUGAUAUGCAGCUCGUGACUGUACCGUUAGCGCCCCUAGCUAGUUGUGGCUAAUGGACAAGUCUGGUGUUUCUAAACUAGCAGCUUUACUGUCUUUUAUCCCCUAAAACAACUUAAAAAAUUAGAUGACUUCAAAAUGGAUUUGGACGACGUUCAGUUCCUGAAUAUCCUCAAGGGAAAACGCAUCAAACUGACGCUCAAGACUUCAUCUUACCUCGGCGUCGUUCAGCGAAUCAGCCCCAACAAGACGUUGGUUUUGGCGGACGUUGUUAGUGGCAGUAAUGGCUGUAAAAUCCCUGGCUCUAAAAUGUUCUUCGGUCAUGACAUUCUGAAUGUGGAAUUUACCAAUGAAGCAGAAACUGACAGUGGUGUUCAUGACGAGGAGCACUUGAAUGUGGAAAAGUUUCAGCCAUACAGGAAGGCCAUCACACUGGAUGAAGAUGAAGAGGAGUAUAUCAACUUUGUAGUGAUUGAUGAGUUUCAUGAGAAGUUUGGAUCUGCUGUGAUGCACAUCAAGAAGCAGCGUGUGAUAGGUGUGGGAGCUGAUGGCAUCGAGGUAUACAAGCAUGGGAGACUGUGUUGGCUGCAGAUUGCCACUAAAAACAAGGUGUACCUGUUUGAUGUGCUGUUACUUGGAGCUCGGGCCUUUAAGAACGGUCUUUCCAUGAUCCUGGAAAGCAAGCACAUACUGAAGGUCAUUCAUGACUGCAGAGCCAUUGCUGGAUGUCUGACUGCUCAGUUUGGAGUAAAGCUAACCAACGUCUUUGAUACACAGGUGGCAGAUGUCAUGUGCUUCUACUCUGAGACAGGAGGUCUCCUUCCCGACAGAGUCAGCACUCUGCAGGAGGUGGUGAGUCUGCAUCUGAAGGUGCCCUCCUCCCAGCUCUUAACUCUUCAGAUGAAGUCACAGCUCACCAAGGAAGAAAGGCAGAUCUGGCAAAAGCGCCCCUGCCCUGUACCACUGCUUAAGGUGAUGGCUCUGUCAGUGAUCCACCUUGAGCCUCUCAGACUGGUCCUGCUGGAUACGCUCAUGACAGACUACGUGGCUCUGGUGGAUUCAUACCUAAACAGCAGCCACUACGAACCUGGUGAAUUAGAGCAUGUCAGCAUGGAGAGUGUGUUGGAGUUGCCUAAAGAACUCAGGGGGCUGGAGCAAAUGCGUCAUGAGCGGCAGGAGUGGGCCGCUGACCACUAUCCUGUCACAGAGAGUGGUCUGCUGGAUCGUUUCAACCCCCGAAAUCAGCCCCCAUCUCAGACCUCACCUGCAGCAGAGGAACAGAGCCAGACACAGCAGGAAUCUUUUGAACCUGACACUGAGGAAUCACCUUCCUCAACACAAGUGGACCCUCUCCUUCACAAGCCACCCAUGAGCCCCCCAAGAGUCACCAGUGUUUCGUCUGUGGAUGCCCAUGCCUCCCCUGACCCAGCAGCUCAGGUUUCAGUCCAGUCAGUCACCAGUCCACUGUCUGUAGGUGUAAGCAGAGGGUGUACACAGGUACUAAUGGACACAAUGGGUAGAGGAAGGCCCUCUGGGAAAGAGCAGUCAUCCAUCCCGGCCUCACCUGCUGGAAGAGGCUUCCUUCUUCAGAUGUUACACAAUCAGCUCUCCAAAGAGAUCACGGCGGAAAUGAAAACUCCUGGUUGGACGGGGAUGUCUCCUUCAUUCCCAAACCAUACACUUACCCAAGAAGUGAUGCCACAGCCUGCUGGCCCAAGUGAUAAUGACCUGCCACUGACACCUGACACUUUUGGCAAGACAGGGGACCAUGAGUUCCCUUCAUCUUCACUCAUGCAGUCAUUCAGGUCUUUCAGAUAUUAAAGUAAGUGUUGUAAAGCUGUAUACGGACAUGUGUUACAGAUGUUUGCAGUUCCAUUGUUUGUGAUUUCCUACAGUGACCAGUAGAUGGCAGUAAAUAUUCUGUUUUGUGCAGAGGUUUGUUAGAUACCAAGUGACUGUAAAAGUCUUUAAAGGAAAAUGAUUUAGUUGUCUGGAUGCUGCAUGCCAGUUUACUCAAAUAUUUUUGCAUUGUAUGCCCGUUCUUUUAUUUGUGUUGUAUUUCAUAAGGGGGUUUGCCUCUCUAUCUUAAUUCUGUUUUGAUUGAGUGAUAAUUAAUUGUACUCUUAACUGAUAUGUACACAGAUUGUAUGAUUCAAAAAUUCAAGCCAUUUGUAAUUGUUGUUAUUUAAGUCAUGCAGAAAAUGAUAAGAAAUAAUAGCCGUGGCUGUUGCAACAAACUCGAACCAAAAACAGCUCCACAUGCCUGUUAAACCUUAAUGUGCUAAGCUUAGUGUGAUUUAUGGCCCGUACAGCUUGGCUUCUGUGCUGCAGUUAAUUGAUUGUGAAAAGCAGAGACAGGCAUUGAUGGAUCUGCUCUUAAUUGAGCAAAAACAUUGCUAGCUGACAGUUCUUUUGAUGACAGAUGACCAAAGAAAACCAUUAGACUUGGCACAGGCUGAACAGUG